AUGCUCUUUGGAAAUCUUGCGAGUACUACUCUUGCACUUGCACUCUUCUCGCCCGCCCAUGCAAAGACUUCCGAUUCACAAGAAACUGAAAAGUCCCAUCACCAUGGUCGUCAUGGAAAGGAAAAGUCGGCCAAGUUCGACCCGGAAGACUUUGUUCAAGGUCUGCACAUUGAGUAUGCACCAGCUGGUACCAGUUGCACCAAGACGCAGCCACCCGUCAUCACCCACCCAGUCAAACCAUUGACGGGUCAUGAAAUCCCUGUUCCCAAAACAGGUCUGAACUAUGGGUACAGCUCCUUCGAUUCUACCAAGACGGUGGCAUGUGACCACAAGUGGUACAAACCUCCUCGCCAUGCUGUUCCUCGCUGUACACCUGCUGAAUCCGUUCCAUUUCCUAAAAAUGAGGAAAAGAACUGCAUCAAGAUUCGAUCUGUGGCCGACUACCACAAGUAUGUCCCUGAUGCUGGCAAGUCAAUCCUCAAGCAUGCUUGUGUGAUUUUGGAGAACUUUGCCUUUGAUAGCGCAACAACGAUGCGUUUCAAGAUGCCUCCCAACUCCUUCUUUGGUUGCCGCGGCACGAUUGUUGGGUUUCCUGACUCUCCCAUCAAGGAGGAGCAAGCCAUGAUUGAGUAUGUCCACGGACUCAACUCCACCAUUGCUGGAGAUCAUUGCUUGAUUUACAUGCAAGGUGAAAAGUCCUUCAACGGCAAGCACAAUUCUGCGUCUUCGCGUGCCUUUGACAUCUCUGAGGCAAAUGGCUUGUACGUCAAUGGCAUCACCAUUAUCCAAGACAAUGCCCCCUUCUUCCACAUCAAUGGCGAUAAUAUUCUGAUGGAAGACUGUAAUGUCAUUGCCGCUACACCCUACCCAUCGAAUGAUCGCAAUGCUGAUGGGUACCAGAUAGCUGCCAACAACUUCACCCUACAAAAGUCAUUUAUUCAGAGUGGUGACGACUUGAUUGCUUUGCGUCGAACCACUAAAGCGGUGUUUCAAUGUCUUACCACUUAUUAUGGUCAUGCUCUGGCCAUUGGUGGCGUUGGUCAGAAUGAUCUUGCGGAGAAUGUUGUGUUUCGUGAUAUCGAAAUGGUCGGACCUGAACGAGCGAUGCGAAUCAAGGCAGACAAGUGGGAGACGGGUCUUGUGAAAAAUGUGUUGUAUGAAAACAUUCGCUUCUACAUGGCCAAUACCUCUGGUAUUUCUCUGACGCAGGACUACACGAACUUUCCCGUGCCAGAUGGCUUGCCUGAUACUGGGGUUGUGUUUGAGAACAUUCGUUUCAAAAAUAUUCGAGGAAGCGUCAGCAACCGUGAACCGGCCUACCUAACGACCUUGGUGGACAUUCUUUGCUCUGCUGGCCACUCGAAGGGCGGCUGCAAGAAGCUUUUAUUCGAUGACGUCUCCAUUGUGAGCGGCGAUAAGACGCAGUAUGGUUCUCUGUUCGUCAACUUUGAUCCAACCGGUACCGGAUUGACGGUAGGUGGACCACAGAAUAUCACCAAGUACGAUUCCCCAGGCAAGAUGAACAAGGGUAUUCCAAACGAUAACAGCCAAACGUUUACGCACAAGUCUCCCGCUUCUCAUUGAGUGUGAGCGUCAGUCUGCCUCUAGCAAGAGACUAUGCCAGCACUAGUGCUACUUCUAUACUCCCUUUCGUAGAUUGAGUCUCAGGGGAUAUUCAGAUGACACAUUUGGGUAUUUAUCU